CAAAAUUGGCAUUUCAUGACAAAAUUCUAAAACUUAACCUCAAUCAUUUGUUGUGGAAAAAAAAUAAGAUUUGAAUUGGAAAUUUGUUUAUUUGGUCAACUUUUAUAAAAACUUGUAAUAAUGAAUUAUUUGGCAAAUACUUUCUUGAGGACCUCUGCUUUGCUAGGUUUUCGAUCAUAUGCUGCAUGUUCCAUUACUACAAAAAAUAAUGUACAUACAUCAAGAAUUUCGUUUGAUCUGAUGGAAUUCUUUGAUUCCAAGAAGAAUUGGACUGAGAGCAAUAUUAAAGUUGGUAGAGCAUGGAAAUUGGAUGAACUGCGAAUUAAAUCUAAUACAGAUUUGCAUAAAUUGUGGUAUGUAUUAUUGAAAGAGCGCAACAUGCUGUACACGAUGGAGCACGAGUGUAAUCGGACAAUGCGCUUAUUUCCCAACCCAGAAAGGAUUGAUAAAGUUCAAGAAUCAAUGCAAAAUAUCGAGACUGUUGUUAGAGAACGCAAUGUAGCAUACUACAAGUUAGAAACAGGUGAAACGGGAGAGAGGCCUGUAGAAGAUGUUGUCAAUAUGUUUGGUUUGCCAGAGAAAUACGAAAGUUCUGAGCAUUAUCUACCUAAAUUUAUGAAUACACGAUGGGUAAGACCAUAUCUUGAACAUGGCCUUAUCAACAGUAUAGCAGUGAAGAAAUUCUAUAGAUUAUACAAAGAAAAACUGCAUAAUGUUGAGCGAAGAGCUCGCAAUAGAGAUUUUAACCACGUGCAGCAAUUAUUGAAAAGGUUUCCUAAUUUGGAUAUGGAUGUACUCAAAGCAGAGUAUCCCAAUGUAGACAUAGAAAAAGCUAAGCGCACUCGGAAAGCCAGGGGACUUUUUGACCCAAAAUAUUAGUAUAGAUCAUAUUUGUAGGAAACUGCUGUAAAAAUACAAGAAAUAUUAUAUUUAAGGUAUUGCCAACCAUGUUAAUUUAUAAAAAAAUAAUUUGUCACAUGUAAAACUAGGUAAUGCUUUUUCAUCAAAGCAAACUAUGUCAGAUUUGAAUGAAAAUGUAAAUAAAAACAACAAAGUAUA